AUGCUGAUACGCGCGUGCCACAGCGAGGCGCUCCGCCGCCACAGCCUCGGCACCGCGCUCGGCUUGCGCACGCGGCGCGGAAGGCUGACGGACGUCCCCGCUAUAGUCGUCUUCGUUUCAAGAAAGGUGCACGAGGAGUGGCUGCUGCCGGCGCAGAAGCUUCCGAGGAAGUUGCAGGGGCCGGGCGGGUACGAGUGUGACGUGGACGUGGUGGAGCUGACCAAUCAGAGAAGCGGCUGCAGGAGCAGCAGCAGCCCGGGCGCUGCAGGCCACGUGGCAGGUGACGCGGGUGACGUGGCAGGCACGGUGGGAGUAGCCGCAGAGGCAGCUAUUAUAGAUAACCCGCUGGUGGAGCAGCUGAGGGGGAGUGGCAGUAAGAUCGGGCCGGGGUCGCAGAUUGCAAGCGAGGAGGUGUAUGGAACGCUGGGAGCGAUUGUUAAAAAAGCCAGCCGGAGCAACAGCAGUGGCAGCGGCAGCGGUGGCGGUGGCGGCGGCGGCGGCGGUGGCCAUGGGAGGACGAGCGGCACUGGUGGGAUGAGCAGCAGUCUUGGUGGGAGCAGUGGUUGCCUUGGGGUGGGGUUUCUGGCGAGUCGCCACGUGGCAGUUGAUUUGGACCAGCUGAAGCAGAAGCUCUUUCACCCCCUGCCUGUGUCGCUUGGUCCGGGGAGGUUCUUAGGCUCGGUGGAACGAGCCUUGCCGUUUGCUUCGGACCACGCGUGGUUCGGCGUGUUCGCCAACAUGAACCCAGACUCGUUUGUGCGCACGGACGGCGCAUACAUUCCCUUCCACGAGGAGUUUGACUUAUCGGUCGUGACAACGCAAGUGGCGGGAAUCGGCCCCGUUGGUCCGCCCCGCCGCGUCAACCUAUCAGACGACAUCCGUAGUGUGGUGGGACAGCACGUGUGGAAGGUGGGCAGCGCCUCAGGGCUAACCCAGGGCACCAUAGCAGCAUACGCGGUGGAGCACAGCGAGGGGGGCGGUACCUCCCUCUUUACAGACCUCCUCAUAGUGGGUCGACACGGCCACGCGUUUGACACUCAAGGGGACUCGGGCGCUCUCGUGCUCAUGCUCCCCACAGCUGCCCAUUCACCAGCCGUGCUUGCCUCUCUACAGCUGCAGCGCCUGCUCCGCACACCUGGUAACAGUUCUCCUACUCCGGGGCAUGGUGCUCGUGGUUCUGCUGAUGAAAUCGGAAGGGGGGAGAGAGGGAGAGGGGAGGAGAUUGCGGAACUAGAGAAGAAAGAGGAAGAGGAAGGGAAGGAGGGAGCGGAAGAGAGCGUGGGAAAGAGGCAACGAGUGGAAGGGUGA